GUUUUCUCGCAAUAUUUGCGAAUUUUAUUAAAAUACAGUUUGUUGUAACCAUAUAGCACGAUUUUAUGUUGAAUCUCUAGUACAAAACCUUAUAUAACAAUAUAUUUCAUAAAAUGGAUGAAGAUUUAGAUAUUAAAGAUGAGGUUGAUGUAUCCGAGUACUUAGAACAAAGUAUGGAUUGUUUUGAUAGUUUUAAUAAAAUGGAAGAUUCCAUAUCGAUUAAUGAUGACAUGACGGGCUUCGGCGAAUUUGAUAAUGAACUGAUGAAGUCUGAAUAUGAAGAAAUGUUAGAAGAUCAAGAAAACUUGAAGGACUUACAAAGUGAGAGAUUUGACAGUGAAGAUGAUGAGGAUAAAGACUACGAUGCUGUCUCGGAUUUUAUGAAUAGAAGCAACAAAGUAAACGCUGAAAUCUACAUUGAUUUUAAAGUACCACCUCAACAUUUAAUUGAAACUCGAAUAUGUAGAUGCCCGACUCAAAAACAAUUACAGGAAUUUAAACAGUUGAAAGUAAAAAUGAGACUUGGACCGUUCAAUAAAAGCGAAGACAGACAAAUUAAAAAGAAUUUUAAAAAGUUCUGCAAGAUGCACAAUAUUGAGAAACCCAAAGAAUUUAUGGAUAAAUAUGAUGAUGAUGCCAAUGCACUAGAACAAACUUUUAAAUUCAAAGACUUAAAGCUAAAAGAUCGAAUAGAAUUUAUGAGAGUUAUAGCCCGUGGUUUAAACAAUAGAUAUCUUUUUUCUGUUUAUGGAAGAUUUCAGCAUUUAAUGAAUAAAGUAACUGCUAGAGGACGUUAUACCCAAGCCGAGGAUAUGCUGUUAUUAAAUUCAGUAAAUAAUAACAGGUAUUCAAAAACAAAAUUUAUUGAGGCAGCAGAACUAUUAGGAAGAACACGAUAUUCUAUUGCACAAAGAUAUUAUUUACUAACAGCGAAUGAAUACAAAAAUGAUAAUAAUCUAGUAUGGACAAAAGUUUUAACAGAAAAUUUCCUCAAGCAUUUACUUAAACAUUGUGGAGUUAAGACUGUCAAUGAAUUGAGAAAUAUCAGAAUUGGCCAUGAAGUCUACGAAUCAAUUUCUCAAAUUAUGCAAAUUUCUCCUAGUAGGCUUCGGACGUUUUGGCUAGGACGACUCUCAUCACAAUUAUUUUGCGAAGAGUAUGUUACUUUGCAGUGGAUUAGGAUAAAACUUAUUAAAUUAUUUUACAAAGCCAAAAUUAAGUCUCGAAGAGAUAUACAAUGGAACGAAGUGGCACUUCUAUUUAAUGGAUUGUCUCCGUUGUUUCUUUGGCAAAAGUUUGAUAAACUGGUUAAACAUAGGGUGCCUGCAGAACAUAGAGAUAAUUUUGAAGAUUGUCUCAAUUAUCUACACGACGAAGUGAUUCCACAAUUAAAGAGAGGCAAAUAUGACAGGGAACUACGAAGAUGUACUUUUACAGUGGAAGAAGGUUUAAAAUUCAUCGAGGAAGAAAUUUCAGAAUAAAACAUGA